AUGGAAGACUGUGAUAUCGAAAAUAUAUUUGAACAGAAGGACAGCUUUAUUAAUCCAUUGCCAAGACAAAUUUGUGAACAAUAUUUAACAGCAAGCAAUCGAGCAUCUAUUGAAUCAGGUAUUUUCCACGAUCUGGAAAGAAGUAAUCAUGCUUUGAUUGCAUGUAUUCAUGACUAUAAAACAACGAACAAUUAAUACAUAAGAGAAAAACAUCGAACUUUCUUUUAUUCUUAUGUUUUUUUCAUAGUUCAAUGCAAGUAUUCAGAUAGAUAUUCUUCUUAACAUAACCACAGAACAAACAACUUCAAUAAUAGAACUUGUAACAACAACAAGAACAACCUUAGCAGAAACUACAACAUUAUCAAGUUUGAUUUCAACAAUUGCUUUGAAUAGUUUGAUCGUUGUAAAAUUAAACUAUAUUCUUUCGAUUUCUUUGUUACUUUUGUUUCCGAUUGAACUUUUUAUUUAUCUGAUCGAAACAAUUAUGUCAUAAUUAUUUAAUCCUUCAAAUAGACACUGACUUGAUAAUUAUUGAUUGAAUUUAUCUAUUGAUAAUAGAACUUUCUGUUAAGAUUGAUCAUAAAAAAAAAGCUAUUAGCGCAAUCCCUUGCGGGAUUGAAAAUGUGAAGCACGAUGGAUCUAUUGUUACUAGUUGAAUGGAAAUUAUUUUGUUCCAUUUCUUUGCGAUAUAUUUUUAGCUAACGGUUUAUCCAAUGCUUUAGAACUACAGUUUCUCUGUUACGAUCUGUGCUGGGUCCCAAGCCCUGUCUGUCACGGUCUGUGACGAGUCCCGGGCCUGUCUGCCACGGUCUGUAAGGGG